AGAGAGCAGCAGCAAUGGCGGCAGAGAAAUUAUUAUUGCAAUGCGGUGACUGCGGAACUCUGCUAAUGUCCGUAGAAGAAGCAGAACAGCACGUAAAGCACACUUCCCACACCAACUUCUGCGAGUCCACAGAGCCAAUUCGCCACCUCGUUUGCACCGUUUGCGGCAAACCUUGCCGCUGUAAAACCGAGUUUGAUUUUCAUGCAAAGAGGACUGGGCAUACUAAAUUUCAGGACAAGACGGCAGAGGUGGCAGAAGAGGAAGAAAGAAGAGCCAGGGAGAAACUUCGUCAGCAAUUCGAAGAAAUUAUUAAGGCAGAAACCAGAAAACUGUUUGGUUUGCCACCACGAAAUCCUGCUCUCGCGAAACUCUUAAGACCUCUUUUGGAGGAAGAAAAGAGUUCAUUGCCAGUCAGUCCAGCUACAAAGGCAGAGCAGAUGAGUGAGUGCCUCCGGACUAUCAAACAGACUCACAUGGAUGAUGAGGCCAAAGUCAAGAGCUCUUUCAACACACUGCUAACUUAUGCUAAGAAUGUGGUAACAAAUCCAGAUGAGGAGAAAUACCGUAAAAUUAGACUCAGUAAUGCUGCUUUCCAGGAUAGGGUUGGCAAAUUACGAGGAGGCAUCGAAUUUCUUGAGCUCUGCGGAUUUGAGAAAAUUGAAGGGGGUGAAUUCUUGUACUUGCCAAGAGAAAAAGUGGACAUGGAUGUGCUUUAUUCAGCUGGACAUGAGUUGAACAGUGCAAUUAAAAAUCCCUUCUUUUGAAUCCUAUGAUCCAUACAUUUAGGUAAAGAAAAAAUAUCAACUGUAAAGGAUAGUCUCUCAUAAUUCAGUCAUAUACAAAACUCUAAGUAUGACAUGGUUUCUCUUUAAUAUGUGGAUUGAGAUUAUGCAGGGAUUUUGAUCAGUACUGGUGAUGAGAUUGGAAAGUUUUUUCUCCUUUCUGAAUUAU